UCGUUCUCUUCUUCUCCCCCUUCCUCUCUCUGCUCUCACCUUCUCAUUUUCUCUCGCUCUCUCUGAUUUUCUCGGAAAAUUUCAAUUUUCCGGGAAAGUUCAUCUUUCACCAGAAAAGCUAGAAUCGCCAAAUCGGUUGCCAUUUCAAGGAAAUCCAAGCUGUUGUUGCUGGGUUGGUCUCUGUGAAGCUUUGUGAGAUUUCUGUGGCUGGAUUGGCUCUGAUUUGGCUUGACUGCAAUGGAGAUGAAGGAUCAAGUUGAAGGCCCACGGUCUACCAUAUAUGGCACAGCUAGUAACUUCCCUUCCAAUGGUGGAACGCAAUCUGAUAAUGUUGCAAAGUUGCCAGAUACACCUGCUGGAAAUAGCCUUGCUCCCAAGGCGAGGAAACCCUAUACCAUUACUAAACAAAGGGAGAAAUGGACAGAGGAAGAGCAUCAAAAGUUCCUUGAAGCUUUGAAAUUGUAUGGUCGUGGCUGGCGUCAAAUUGAAGAGCAUAUAGGUAGCAAAACUGCUGUUCAGAUUCGAAGCCAUGCUCAGAAGUUUUUCUCUAAGGUUGUGCGAGAAUCUGAUGGAAGUGCUGAAAGUUCUAUUCAGCCUAUUGCAAUACCUCCUCCUCGGCCGAAGAGGAAGCCUCUCCAUCCAUAUCCCCGGAAAUCAGCUGAUUCUUUCAAAGGACAGACCGUUCCAAAUGAACCAGAAAAAUCUCCAUCUGCAAACUUGUCAGGUGGAGAGAAAGAGACCCAAUCUCCAACCUCUGUGCUAUCUGCCUUUGGUUCUGAAGCAUUUGGGUCCGCAUUUUCUGAGCAGACUAAUAGAUGUCUUUCACCAAAUUCUUGCACAACUGAUAUCCAUUCAAUGAGCUUGUCACCUGCUGAAAAGGAUAAUGAUUGCAUGACAUCGAAACCAGCUGAGGUGGAAGAGAAAGGAUCUCUAGCUUCAGUCAAUUUAACCACUGGUUUGAACCCACUCAUGUGCAUGAAGUCCGAGAUUGGUGCUGAGGAAACUGAAGGUCUCAAAGAAGAUGCUACCAAUAUGCCACCCAUCUCUAGUAGUAUCAAGCUUUUUGGAAGAACAGUCUCUAUGGUUGGUAAUCUAAUGUCAAUGAAGGUAGAUGAUGAGAAUAUCAAGCCAGAAACUAUUGAAAUGGAUGAUGUUGAGAAUGUAAAGGUUGGCCAAGUAGGGGCAUCUGAGCCACUAGAUACACAAUUAUCACUAGGCCUGUCUUGCGGUAAACUGACCAGCAUAGAACACCCGAAGGAGAACCUGUGCUCGAGUGAAGAUGAUCCUGAUUCAUCUUUACCAUCAUUGAGUUUGUACCAAGGCCUUUCUGCAUUCAACCUCAGGCCAUGCAAUCAUGAAAUCUUAAAUCCUAUGCCUCUUAGGCCGUGUUUGAAGGUAAGAGCAAGAGAGGAGGAAAGUUCUUGCACUGGUUCCAAUACUGAAUCAGUUGGAAAGAAUUCUGAUACUGUUGAUUCUAAACUUCAAAAGUAUCAUGAGGAUGGAGUAGCACCCCAGAAGUCUGGAAGGGGGUUUGUACCAUAUAAAAGAUGUUUAGCUGAAAGAGAUGCAAAUUCUUUAAUUGUUGGCUUGGAAGAGAGGGAGGGACAACGAGCUCGGUUGUGCUCAUAAAUAUUACACAGCAUGUUUGGAAAUCCUUCUACAAUUGAUUCUACAGCUAAUUUGAGGAAAAGCUUCUGUGAGACAGUAGCUUCUGACUGAGUGUCAAAAUUGAUUUCGAGGAAAAAGAAGCAUGUUCAUAACCUUGCAUGUUUACACGAUUCCUGGUGUUUAGGAGAAAAGAAAGAAAAAAAGAGAUGGUGAGCACAACCGAGCUGAUUUAGGUAGCUGUGAUCUAAUUGUCUAUUUGACAAGUAUCUGAUUUCCGAUUCUUUUUCCAAGGUCUCCACCCAAUCUUUGUAAUCUUUUCCACAUGAAUACACUUUGGUCUCCAAUAAUUUAAGGGCUGUUGGCAUUGUUUUGCUGUAUCA